CUCAAACAGCACUAAAUCGGUUAUCGAAAAAUGACCCGCGCAAAUUGUCCCCUCGUCCCCACCAUCCAUCCAUGGGUUGCACACACAAAAGAAUAAAACGGUCUCUAAUGCGGAUCUCCCUUCUUUCCUCAUUCAUGUCCCUCUGCUUCUCUCAUCCCUAACGCACUUCUUCCUGUCGUCCCCUUGUAAAUACCCAAGAGACCUACCUCCAUCCUUCACACACACACACACACACACACACCCUCCUCACUGUCGACAUGGCUCGGCACACCCGCUCCUUGACUUCCACAGUCCACCUGCUUUCCCAUAUUUCCACACUCCUCCUCAUCGUCUCUUCCCUCACCUCACCAGCCCACGCCCAGUCUUUUCAACCAGCUGUGCAGACCGGCUCCUCCUCGGCCUUUGUUGAAGGCCAAGUCCUUUACAUUCUAGGCGGAACUCCCCCCUCAGGAAUCCUAUACGGCACCCCCACAACCACACAAGCUUUCUCCAUCGACCUCUCCGUUCCCUGGAACGCCAGCAGCCCCGUCUACAAAAAACUCUCCGAUGGACCCAGCACCUGGUCCCGCCCUAGCACUCUUUCUUCCGACAACAAGAAUUGGUUCAACCUCGUUAACGGCACCGGUUAUGUCUACAACGUCGACUCUGCUGCAUGGAGCACUGUAAUCCCGAGCAACAAUAACAUCAACACUGCAUACGGACUUUCUGCGGUCACAGAUCCCAGUACGGGGUUGAUCUAUAUCCCUGGAGGAUACCUCGCUUCGAAGGGCGAUCCUACUAUGCUGAAGAUCGAUCUGACAAAGAAGAGCACCGAGAGUGUGGCGAUGAGUGACCUCUUUGGGGAUUACACUGCUGCAUGGAGCGCAUCGGCCAAUAGCCUAAUCCUCUACACGGAGUCGGCCGACCCCCUGAACACCUAUAACCCCUCAAAGGGCUGGAGCCAUAUCUCUCCCAAGGGCGACGUCCCAGCCCCACGAACCGACGCCUGCUUCAUCCCCGCCUACGGUGGCAAGAAGAUGGUCCUCUUUGGCGGGUACUCCAGAGCUCAGCAGGCGAGUCUUAACGAUGUCUACGUCCUGGAUGUGGGCAGCAUGAGGUGGACACGCGGACCGGACGCCCCCGCCACCGCAAAACGUGAUGCCUCCGCAUGCGGGUUCUCGAGCGACUAUCUCGUGGCGUGGGGAGGCGCUGUGACGGGUUCGGACCAGGGUACGCUCUCGGGUGGCACGGUGCUCGUGUACGACGUCAAGAAUAUGGCCUGGUCGGAUGGAUACGAUUCUACGGGUUCGCCUUCGAAUCCGGAUGACCCAAGGAGGAAGGCGGCGGUGAUUGGAGGAAGUGUGUUGGGUGUGUUGACACUGAUCGUCUUGGUCCUUGGAGGGGUCUAUCUGUACAAGACCAAGUGGCAGCGGGAGCCGAGGACCGGGGGGGAGAAGAACCCCGGCAAGAAGGGGUUCUUUUCGUCGAUCCUAUCAAAGCACUCAGGGCAGAAGCCCAGGCGGGAGAUGAGCUCAAAGGACACUUAUUAUGUUUGAGAGGCAAAAAAAGUGGUGAAAUGUCUUUCUACAGAGCUCCUUGGGGAAAGGGGGAGGAAGGGAGGAGAGGGGUUUUUUUUUGCUUUGUAUAUUCUAUAGACUCGACUCUUUGUUCAUCAUGAUCUCCCUUUGCAUAUCAAUUUCUUCACGGUAAUCCCUUAGCUUCGCGAACCCGAAAUCAAAUGUACAAUAUACCAACUGCAUCGUAAUAAUUCACGUAGAGUCCUCGUCAGAAAGUCGCGGCCCAAUAUAUUUUUAAAUUGGCUUCUCAGUUCAAUGAAUAAGGUUGAAUUUUAACGUACAAAUAGACAAUGUCCCAUC